GGGAGAGACUCUAGGGCGGGGGAUAAAGGCUCGGUUGCUAUGGUAAUGAAGGAGAUGCCCACUAUGGCCACAGCUGAAGGGAAACCUCUCCUCAACAACACCAGCAAGCUGGCGAGAGAGCAGCAGGAGUCUCGUCCGCUGUUGAGUCCCUCCAUUGAUGACUUCCUGUCCGACACCUCCAAGAGCACCGCCAUCGCUAUACCACGCCCAGUCACAUCCAACACAGCAGUGCUCUCCUCUUCUCUGGAUCUGUUGGACCUGAGUGAUGUGGUGGGGGAGCGUCGGAAUAGCAGAGACAGGAAGAAGUCACCGCUGACCCUCACGCGGCCCGAGGGGUCAAAGGUCAACCUGCACAGGAAGCGCUCCGUAACCAUAGAGACGGAACUCAUCCAGGUGGACGUGGAGCAGAGCAGCACACCGGAAACAGGGAUUGUCCCCUCCCCUCUGGAGAAGUGGGAGGAGCUGAAUCCUCGAGACAGGAGUGGAAGCAGGAAGUGGAAACUAGAUAAGAGGCGACCGUCAAAACACUCCUCUAGUGAACUACUGUGGACUCUGGAGAAUAAAGUUCCUCUGGACUCGAGCUCCAAAAACACGCUGGAGGUCACAGCCAAAGUAGAAGCAGAUGCCUCACCGACUAUACAGCUCCACAGGCAACUUGUUGUUAGUGGAAGACAAGGCCGUAGUGGGGGUAAGGACAGAUGGGGAGGAGCUCUGCUGUCCAGGAACCAAUCACUGGAGGAGGAAUACGAGAGAGCCAAAGCAGCCGUGGAGUCGGACACUGAGUUCUGGGACAAGAUGCAGGCAGAAUGGGAGGAGUUAGCGCGACGCAACUGGCUAACAGACGAAGACACACCACAGAUACCAUCUAGUGUCUGUCCUAUGGAGAAGGGCUACUAUUUCCACACGGAUAACCCGUAUAAGGAGUGGCCGAGUGCGUUCGAAGAGGGGGUGAGGCGUGUCCGUAGCGGUGAUCUGCCCAAUGCCGUGCUGCUACUAGAGGCGGCCAUCUUGCAAGACCCGCAGGACUCAGAGGCCUGGCAGGUGUUGGGCACUACACAAGCGGAGAACGAGAACGAGCAGGCGGCGAUUGUCUCCCUCCAGAGGUGUCUGGAGUUGCAUCCCAACAACCUGCCGGCACUGCUAGCGUUAGCAGUUAGCCUGACUAACACGGGGAUGCGUCAGGAGGCCUGCGGGGCUUUGCUGAGGUGGCUGCGGCACAACCCCAAAUACAAACACCUGCUGAAGGGCCGCGCGCACCUACUGCCCCCCUCACCACUCACACAGAGGAGGAUGUCCCGGGUGUCCAACAACAACACCUGCUCUCUGCUGCCGGAUGUGAAGGAGUUGUUCCUGGAGGCGUCUCAGCAGUGUGAUGUCAUCGACCCUGACCUGCAGACGGCCCUCGGGGUGCUCUUCAACCUCACCCACGAGUUCAACAGGGCUGUGGAUGCCUUCAACGCAGCACUCUCCAUCAGACCAGAGGACUACCUGCUGUGGAAUCGUCUGGGUGCUACGUUGGCGAACGGUAACCGUAGUGAGGAGGCGGUGGAGGCCUACACUAAAGCUCUGGAGCUGCAACCCGGAUUCAUACGCUCACGAUACAAUCUGGGCAUCAGCUGCAUUAACAUGGGGGCACACAAGGAGGCAGCGACUAACUUCUUGACUGCGUUGAGUCUGCAGAGGAAAAGUGGAAGCAGACAGCUCUCUCACCAGGUGACGUCUGGUAGUAUUUGGUCGGCUCUGCGCGUGUCCCUUUCCCUGAUGGAGCAGCCGGAGCUCCUACAGGCCGCCAACAUCGGCGAUCUGGAAAUGCUAAUGAAGGCCUUCCACCUCGACAUCUGA